AUGGCUGCAGCUCCAGUCUGCCGCCCCCCCCAACUACUGGCCCCUAGUCACCUGGACCCCUCUGAACCCCGGCCGCCUCCACGACCCCUGCGCCCUGCACCUCCUCGUCGGCGUUGCAGGGCGGUCUCUGUCCCCCCGGCAGGCUCCCCUCAACCUCCUGCCCGCCCCACAGUCACCAGCCACCUCGCUGCGUCUCGGUCACACCUUUACCAGCCCAGCGUCCUGCGGCCCUGCCGCGCCCAGAGCUCCGCGCCGGCUCUGCGGUACUCCCUGCCCCCGCCGGGCGCCCCUCGGCUUCCUACCCGCCCCCGGGUCCUCUGCGGACCGCCGCACCCCGCCCGUCCUGGGCGCAGGGCAGCCUCGGCCCCCACCCCGGGCCCCGCUGCGCCGCAGGGCCUGCGCGCGCCCCACAGCUCGGUGCCCUCCGCACCUCCCUCCCGAUCCCGCAGCCCCCGACCCCCUGUGUCCCCCACACGUCCUCCGCGUCUGGGCAGCCGCCAACCCCGUGUCUCCCGCCGCCUCCUGCGCCCCCAGCCCGGUGUCUCCCGCGCCUCCUGCGCCCCCAGCCCGGAGUCUCCCGCCGCCUCCUGCGCCCCCAGCCCGGUGUCUCCCGCCGCCUCCUGCGCCCCCAGCCCCGUGUCUCCCGCGCCUCCUGCGCCCCCAGCCCCGUGUCUCCCGCCCCCUCCUGCGCCCCCAGCCCCGAGUCUCCCGCGUCUCCUGCGCCCCCAGCCCCGUGUCUCCCGCGCCUCCUGCGCCCCCAGCCCCGUGUCUCCCGCCCCCUCCUGCGCCCCCAGCCCCGAGUCUCCCGCGUCUCCCGCGCCUCCUGCGCCCCCAGCCCGGAGUCUCCCGCGCCUCCUGCGCCCCCAGCCCCGAGUCUCCCGCGUCUCCUGCGCCCCCAGCUCCGUGUCUCCCCCCCUCCUGCGCCCCCAGCCCAGAGUCUCCCGCCCCCUCCUGCGCCCCCAGCCCAGAGUCUCCCGCCCCCUCCUGCGCCCCCAGCCCCGAGUCUCCCGCGCCUCCUGCGCCCCCUUCGCAGCCCCCUACCCCCCGUGCCCCCACGCCCCGGGGGCCAAGGGGCUCAGCCGGCGCCCCCCUCCGCGGCCCCCCGCAGCCCCGCUCCCGCCGCACCUCCGGAGCCGUGGGCGGCUCGGGCCCGGCCGGCGCAGGGAGGCCCCGCGGGCGGCGCGCAGCGAUUGGCCGCCCGCCGGAAGCCCGGCCCCUCCCCGCCCCGCCGCCGGGCGCGGGUCUCCGCCACCGCCCCGCCCGCCACGCCUGCGCGCCGGGGCCCCCCUGGCUACCGGGAGGGAGACGCUGGGGGGCGCGGGAGCGCGCGCCUCGGGCUUCGCGCGAUUCACCUUUAACCCGCCGGCCCCAAAGCAAAUGUUUGCCGCGGGCUCACCGGCCGGGCGCGAGGCCAGCGUUGCAAACCCCGCCUCGGGCCGGGAGGGACCCCCGCCGGGCACAAACCCUGGGCGGUGCAGCCUCGGCUGCUGCAUGCGAGCAGGGGCGGGCGAGCGCGGGCGCACACGUGUGUCCGUGCGGGGAUGCGGGUGCACGCGAGAGCGAGUGAGCAGGCGACGGCGCGGACGCAGGAGUGUGUGCGAGUGUCCACGCGUGCAGGCAAGAGGGAAUGCGCCGGCAGGUGCGCCCAGGGGAAAAACGGUCUCCCGGCCUUUGGCGUGCAAGCCCCUUCUGAACCUGCAGAGCCCCAGUGCCGCAGGUAAGGGGCCUGCCAGGGUCCCCCUGCUGAUACGGAGUCUAAAAUCAGGGCCCCCAAGCCCGGAGCUAGCAGGGCCUUUUGGGGGGAAGGCCAAAGGGGCCAUUCUUGGGGGCUGA